AUGGCUGUCCCCGGUCUCGUUUUUACACUUGUGGCGUUCAUUUUACUCGUCAUCGCUUCGGCGACGCCCCCGACGUCGAACGUCUCCUCGUUCCUCGACGUGGGCGGAGACCUCCACUUCGGAGUGUUUGGGUACACCGGCUCCCCCAAGACCGUCGGGUGGCACUUUCCCGCCGCAGUGGCAGACGACUACCUCAACCAAGACGUCUUCCAUGACCUCACUCACGCCCUCGUUCUCGUACCCGUCUGUGCGAGUCUGGCCGGCGCCGCCUUCCUCAUCAACCUGUUAGGCGCGACAUGCGCCGGUUGGGUGGCCACCGCGUUCGCGUCGAUCUUGUCCACGAUCGCCUUUGCCAUCCUCGAGAUUGCCUUCAUCCUCGAGAUGGUCCUUUUUGGCCUUGCGCGAAGCCACUUGCGCGAGCGCGGCGUGGACGCCACGCUGGGGAACGCCAACUGGAUUGUGCUUUCGGCGGGGCUCAUUCUCGGCUUUUCUGUAACCCUCGGCUGGCUUGCCACUUGCUGCCAGGGAGUGCGGCGAGAGAUCAACCGUGGUGACCGGUGGUAG